GUUGAGCGGACCGACAACACCAACUCCCACCCCCUCUACUCCAUCUCUUUCAUCUCUCGGAGGCGUCUGCCGCUGAAGAGCUCCAUUCCCUGCCCCUCCGCCCGUCGUCUGUCGCCCUCGUCGCCCUCCCAUCUCGUCCCGCCCCCAGCGGCAUCCCCGUCACAAUGUCCGCGACCACCAUCCUAUCGCGCUCUUCCGGACAAUUAAGUCUGCGAGGCGGAAUUGCUCUAAGAGGAGGCUACAGCACGUCGAGGUGCCAGGAAUUCGUCGCACGACGGACUCCUGCGCUGUCAGCUCUGUCGCGAUACUAUGCCUCCAAGUCAUUUCCCCCCCACACCGUCGUCAGCAUGCCGGCACUCUCCCCGACCAUGACCGCAGGAAACAUUGGCACAUGGCAGAAGAAAGUUGGCGAUAGCAUAGCUCCUGGCGAUGUCUUGGUGGAGAUUGAGACAGACAAGGCGCAAAUGGACUUCGAGUUCCAAGAGGAAGGCACCAUCGCCAAGAUUCUCAAGGAGUCUGGUGAGAAGGACGUUGCAGUGGGAAGCCCUAUCGCCGUUAUGGUUGAAGAAGGCGAAGACGUCUCUGCUUUCGAGUCCUUCUCUGCCGAGGACGCUGGCGGCGACAAAGCCUCCCCAUCCUCUGCGCCAAAGGAAGAAGCCUCUGAAUCCAGCGAGCCUCCCUCGGACACCCCAGAUACCCCCGCAACACCAAAGUCAUCUUCGCCCGCCCCUGAACCAGAGGAAUCAACGUCAACUGGCGGUAGGCUCGAAACGUCCUUAGAUCGCGGAUCUCCAUACUCCCCUGCUGUCAAGAAGCUUGCGCUGGAGAAGGGUGUUCCUCUUGCAAGCUUGAAGGGCUCCGGCCCUGGCGGCAAAAUCACCAAGUCGGAUGUCGAGAAAUACAAGCCCACUAGUGGAGCUCCUCCCACAGGUGGUGCCACUACCGGCCCUCCCACCUACGAAGACAUUCCUGCGUCAAGCAUGCGCAAGACGAUUGCCAAUCGACUCACAGAGAGCUUUAACAAGAACCCGCAUUACUUUGUCGCCUCUACAAUCUCCGUCUCCAAGCUUCUCAAGCUCCGGGAAGCUCUCAAUGCCGCUUCUGACGGAAAGUACAAGCUCUCGGUCAACGACUUCCUCGUCAAAGCACUGGCCAUCGCCGGCCGCAAGGUUCCUGCCGCCAACUCAUCCUGGCGUGAAGUCGAUGGCCAGACGGUCAUCCGCCAACAUAACGUCGUGGAUGUCUCAGUCGCCGUUGCCACCCCUAUCGGUCUCAUGACGCCCAUCGUAGCGAAUGUCGGCUCUCUAGGUUUGCAAUCCAUCUCCGCGCAGAUCAAGGAUCUCGGCAAACGUGCUCGCGACGGCAAGCUCAAGCCAGAAGAGUACCAGGGCGGAACCAUCACCAUCUCCAACAUGGGAAUGAACUCUGCGAUUGACCGAUUCACCGCUGUCAUCAACCCUCCUCAGGCAACCAUCGUCGCAAUCGGUACUACAAAGAAGGUCGCUGUGCCAGGCGAGGAGGCAGAAGACGGCACCGUUGGUGUCGAGUGGGACGAUCAGAUCAUUAUCACCAGCAGCUUCGACCACAAGGUUGUCGACGGAGCGGUCGGGGGGGAGUUCAUGAAGGAACUGAAGAAGGUCAUCGAGAACCCUCUGGAGUUGAUGCUAUAAACGAGAGAGGGGCCGAGAUGAUUACUUUUGCGGAGCAUUUUGCCGUGUGGUUGAGUAAGUAGGGGGCAGCUGGGGGGAGCGAGCUAUCUUGUACAAUGACACUUGUUUUAUCGCCAAGCCUCCACACUUUGUAUUCCUGUGGGUUUUUUAGUAUGCCUUGGUUUUGCUCCCUCUCCGUUUAGUCUCCUUUUUCGAGAAGCUUCGUUUGAGCUCUUUUGUCUUGCAUGGCAGCGUGUAACAAAAGAUUUUCGAAAUUCAAUCGAGGCUCGGUAGAGUAAUCCAAAAUAUGUUAUAG